GGCCGGGGGAGUCAAAGGAAGCAUUUUUAAAGCUGGACCAAAUUAAGAAGGAUCAUAACCAGCCGAGAUGCCCAUCAGGGUUGAUGACGUGAUGCAGCUGCUGUGCCAUGUUUCCCAGCAGAAGGGAAUGAAAGCUGCUGUGAAACACUCUGGUCGAGGAGCACUGGUGGCGGGUGCAACAGCGUUUCUUGGGGGCUUGAUGGGAGGCCCACCUGGUAUCGCUGUAGGAGGAGCACUUGGUGGAUUGCUUGGUGCCUGGAUGAAUAGUGGACAGUUCAGGCCAGUCCCUCAGAUAUUACUGGAAUUGCCUCCUACUGAGCAGCAGAAACUCUAUGAUGAAGCAAUGGAUAUACUCAAGCACUUAGACUGGACUGAUGUUGUUCAGCUGACUGCUCUCGUAAUGGGAAAUGCUAGUCUCCAGCAGAAGUUGGCAGGAGUGGUGAUGAAUUACCUCUCCAGAGAGCUAAGAGCAGAGAUACAGUAUGGAGAAUAAACCUUUCCAGAGCAGGUUUUUACACUGUAAUGAAUUCUACUCUGACAAUUGUGAUUCUUCAAAAUAGUAAUUACGAGUUAUAAUUAUUAAUUAUGAAGUUAAGCAGAUCUAAGUAUCUUUUUCAUUUUUUUGUUUGUUGUUUGUGAAACUAGUCUUCUGUAUUUUCCUGUUAUGUAAUUAUGACCUGCCAUGUAAUUUUGAAUUAAUGUGCACCGGAAUUGAGUUCAAAAUCACUGAAGGGGGAGUUACACUUCUCAAAUGGUAAUGUAGCACUAGGAGAGGGAAAAAUAAAAAUAAAAUAAAAUAAAGUUGUGUUUUAUCUAGGAGAUGUAAAGCAUUUCCACAAACAGGAUUACAUUUCUUUUGUAAUGGCCCGUAGGUGCCAAAGCAGCAAAGGAACACUGAAGAAUUUUAUCUUUUGAGUCCUACAAAGGAGAGUUAUGAGAAAGUACUUCUAAUGUGAGUUCAAAAAUCUCAAGCCUUUCUUUAUUUUUUGAGAUAGUUUCCCUUGAGUAUUCCUUUCUGUAAGAAGUGAAGCCAAUACCUGAACAGACAAAGCAACAGGAAACUACUGUACAUAAUUAGUUGUUCCUGAGAACAGGAAGGUAUGGCAAGAAGACUAUUAAUAGGGGAGGGGGGAAAUUCUGCCAUUUUUAUACUAUCUCUAGUAUUAGCUUGUCAUUUUAGCAUCAGUUUCCCACCUGAAUGUGAACACCUGAUUCUCUGUUUUCAUUAAAAUAUUCCUAAGAAGCAUCAUAAUGGCCUGUGUUUUGCUUUAGAGUAAAUGAACCCUUUAAGAACUGGGCACUUAAUACCUUAGCCGGUUGUUCACCAUUUGUUUAAAGGCACUUGAGAAACAAGUUUGUAAGUAGAAAAAUGUGCAGAUGUACCUUUUUUUAAAAAAUAUAUACAUAUAUAUAUAUUGGAACAAGUGAAACUGCCCUGAUAGUUUUGUUUUUCCCCUAAAACAAAUAUUUCUCUGUGUGUUUCUCUGAGGUUUAUCAAAGUUGAAUUUUCAGUGAGGAAGCUUUUAACUCGAAAGUCGCUGUUGUAUGCAUUUGAUUAAUUUACUUCUGUAGGUAUAUGUUGUCUUUAGUAAAUACAGUUUAUUUUCCUGCCUGGA